UAUUGUUACUGAUCAUGAAGCUAUUCCUUGGUUAAAGAAACACAAGCAACCUAAAGGACGUCUAGCCCGGUGGAUAAUUCAUUUGUCUGAAUAUGAACCUUAUAACAUUAUUAAACGAAAAGGAAGUGAUCAUACAAAUGCAGAUGCACUCUCAAGAUUAGAAACUAAUCCAGUAGAUAAACAAAAUUUUAAUCCAAUUGAAAAUUUUGAAGAAUCCUUGAAUAGAAGGAUUAGUGCUUUAAAGGGAAUAUUUAUUGAUGCUCAAAUCAUUAAUCAUAGAAAUAUUCAACAUGCACAGGAACUUCAAAGGAAUCGGCAACAAAAUUUGAAGAAAGCUCAAACUUAUGAAGUUAAUGAUAUCAUUUUAUUGUAUGACUCUGCCAAACAACAUGUGCAUGGAGAUAAAUUUUCAAUAAGAUGGAAUGGACCUUUUUGGAUACAAUCAAAAUUAGGAAACAAUACAUAUUUAAUUCGUGAUAAAUUAGGAAGGAUACUCCAGAAGCCAAUUCAUGCAGAGAAAAUGAAACAUUACAAACAGAGAUAUCUUGUAGAACCACAUGUUGUAAUUGCCUCUUGA